AAGGAGAGGAUAAACAAACUGAAGAAGGUGAAAAAAAAGUAUUUUGCUGAGGAACAAGAACUAAAUCUCCUCACAUGGUCGGCCAAGGAGCAAAUCCGAUACCUCCACCAUACAGAUCCACAGCAGUGGACCCCUGAACACAUUGCUCAAUGUUUUCCCAUUUCACCUGAAGGUAAACUGCUGCAGCAUAAUCAACCCCUCCUGAAUGAGAAGGCAAUUGUGAAGCAUGACACUGAUGUUGCAAGGCGCUGGCGUAAACAGGGCCUGCAAGGUGGCCCCAUCUCUGAGAAGGUGGCUGAAGAAGUUGCUCGAAAGUUAUUCCAUGCUCCCACUAAGAAUCCAAACUCAUUGCCAGCAUUGCCUGAAGGAAGGAUGUCUUUGGAGCAGUCCAGUCCUAAAGGGGAGUUUGUGAAGUUGUAUGAGCAGUACACGGGAGAAGGGGUGCAGAGACAAGAAAGUCCUGGUGUAUUGAACAUCAAGGAGGUUGGCAUACCAAUGGAUCAUCAGCAUCAGUAUGUGCAGUGGAAGAUGGAUGAAAUGAAGACAUCAGAUGGAGAUCCCUCUCCCCAAGUGAGGGUCAGAAUAAGUGAGGAUGAGAGACAUAAGCAGGUGAUGGAAGAUGUCCGGGAUUCUUUGCCUCACAUUGUCUCAAAAUAUCAAAGCCGCUCGAAAGUUCUGCCGGAGGUGGUGCAGCAGGACCACUUGACCAAGGAGGCUUAUCUCUAUGACCCAGAAGUUGGCUAUCAGCAUCCUGUGGGGAAGAAGACAACAUCACCUUCAGAUCGCAUCUCCAUCCCACCAGAGCGACUUCAGCCUCCAGGCCAUGAAGAUCAAGCCAUCUAUAGAGUUGGAAACUCAUUCUAUGAUUCUGACGGAGAAUUCCUGUUCAGUGUCCCAUCUUCUCAGGAAUGAAAGUUUGUGCCACC